UUUUCCAAACUAAACAAACCCAAUUCUUUCAGCCUUCCCUCCUAGCUCCUGUUCUCUAGACCUUUAAUCUUGUUGAAUCUAAGAGCAAUAACAACUCGUCUUCUGCCUGCGCAUGUGCAGUGCAGCAGAAGCCCUACCCCAGGAAGUGACUAAACCCAUUUUAAAUGUGUCCGAGAUCUUUUCCCUUCCGGUUCACAUCUGGUCACAGCAAAGAGGUUCCUGUCCUUCUCCUCUUCCUUCGCUGCAGGAAGGGCCGAUGGUGGGAGAGAGAACCACGACCAGCCUGUCUGCUGCUGCUGAUCUUGCAUAUGUACAUAUUGCCUUUCAUCCCACAGCACUUUUGCCCCUGUAGGAAUACAGCCAGAAAACAACUACUGGGGUGUAGAAGCGCCCAGCAGGAAGUGAAGGAAACAAGGGUAUCCCACUGCAGCUAGAGGGAUGGCUAAUAACACGCUGUCCAUAGAUUUCAGAGCUGUUUACAGAGCUGGGUGAGCAGCUGGAUCACCCUGAGACAGAGAAACUGAGGCACCAGGCAGUGAAAUGAUUUGCCUGAUCCUGGCUUUGCUGGAAACAGUACCCAGGCCUCCUAAUGUCUGGCCUGUUGCGUCCACUGCUCCCUAGUGCUUCCGCUGUGUCAAUUGGGUCUAACAUGCCCAGGCGAGGACUCUUGGGGUCCCGCCCUCCUCUGCCAGGCGAUCGAGUGGUUGAUCCGUCCUUGUCCCAACAGGUGGUCACAGGGGGCAGCCCCGCUGAGGACGGCGUUUCCGGCUUCCUGGCGUGGUGUAAGAAGGUUGGGCUGGAGCUCAGCCCGAAGGUCUACGUGAGCAGAGAGGGCACGGUGUCAGACUACGGCCUGUUGGCCGGCGAGGACCUGCAAAUCGGAGAGGUCCUCUUCAGCGUUCCCAGAGCUGCGCUCCUGUCCCAGCACACCACCUCCAUUCGGUCCCUCCUGGAGACAGACGAAGCAUCUCUGGAGAGCCAGUCUGGCUGGGUGCCGCUCCUCCUGGCUUUGCUGCACGAAUACACGGCCAGCGACUCCCAGUGGCGCCCCUACUUUGCGCUCUGGCCUGACUUCAGCAGCAUGGACCACCCCAUGUUCUGGCCAGAAGCCGAGCGGGUGAGGCUCCUCCAAGGCACUGGCGUCCUCGAAGCGGUGGACAAAGACCUGGCCAGCAUCCAGCGGGAGUACACCUCCAUCAUCCUGCCCUUCAUGGAGUCCCACCUGGACGUCUUCGACCCCCAGCGGCACACGCUGGAGCUCUACCGGCGGGCCCUCCAGUGUAGCCGGCCAGCCCCCUUCCAGGAGCCACUGGAUGAGGAGGACGAGGAUGAGAAGGAGCCCAACCCUCCCAUGAUGGUGCCCAUGGCUGACAUUUUGAAUCACGUGGCCAAUCACAAUGCCAACCUGGAAUAUUCCCUGGAGUGUCUGAAAAUGGUCACCACGCAGCCCGUCCGCAAAGGCCAAGAGAUCUUCAACACGUACGGCCAGAUGGCCAACUGGCAGCUCAUGCACAUGUACGGCUUUGCCGAGCCGUAUCCUGGCAACACGGACGACACUGCCGACAUCCAGAUGGUGACGGUGCGCACGGCUGCACUGCAGGGCGCUGUCACUGAAGCCGAGCGCCAGCUAGUCUCUGAGCAGUGGGAGUUCCUCUGCCAGCUGGAGAUGGUGGGGGAAGAAGGCGCUUUUGUGAUUGGCUGGGAGGAGGUGUUGACGGAGGAAGAGCUGUCCAUGACGUUGAAGGUGCUGUGCAUGGCUGCCGAGGAGUUCCAGGAGUUCAAGGAGCAUGAGGGCUGGGAAGAAGACACAGAGGAUGAAGAGAGCUUUACUUUGUCCAACGAAACGAUACCCCGACUCAAAGCCUCCUGGAAGAAGCUUCUCCGUGAUAGCGCGUUGCUGACGCUGGAGUCUUACAGCUCAGAUCUGAAAGCAGAGCAGGACUUGCUCAAUAACAAAGUGGCUUAUGGGAAAUUGAGCCACAGGGAACAAGCAGCCCUGCAAGUGCGCUAUGGGCAGAAGAGGAUCUUGCACCAGUUGCUGGAGCUGGCGAGCUAGCAGAGGCUGACCUGGGCUGGUGAGAGCAGGGAUUGCAGCCUUUGUACAAAGCGCACACGCUCUGGCUCCUGCUCUCAGGAUGGAUGGAGAGGCUGCUUGUACUGAGGAAGAACAGAGUUGAUGUGGACCCAAUAAUUCCUAGUUCUGUACUGGCCUUUCCAGCUACCUCUUGACUUUUCCAUAAAUGACACCCCUGGCUUAAUAGGGAGGAGAGAGUCUGUUCAUUAAACCUCAGCCUUCAGUGUUCAAGAACCAGCAAUGCCUGAGUGUUAAGGAAGCACAUCCAGUCUAGUCAAGCUAACUCAGAUCAAGGAAUGCCUGUCGUGGCAGCAGUGACUACCCAUCAGGCAUGGUGUCAUAGAAUGAGGGGGCUGUUACAAGGUAUGAAACUCAGUGCCUGUGCCUUUAAGGGGUUCUUGACUAUUAAAGGCAUCAAAUACCCGCCCCAAGCAGCUGAGUGGGUAGGUGCAAUGGUAAAGGUCAGUGCUACCACUAAUGUGUAAGGCUGCUUUUUUUCAGCCUAAAGCCAGUGGAAUCUCUCACAGUCCUAGGUACGCUAUAGACAGCCCAGUGCCUCCCCCUUGGACUUAGCUCUGUCUCAUGGGUUGCUCUUUAAGCAGACAGAGCUAUCAGCUAGCAUCCUGUCACUCAGGUUUGCAGGUGGUAAAGCCUGAGCAGAUGCAAACGGAGCUUGGCUUUUACUGCUGAUAGAUGCUGUGCUCCUUUUGUAGCCAGUACCAGGCUGGAUUGCUUUGGGGAGGCUAGAUAGCUAAGCUGGCAAUGUUGCUUGCUCAGCUGCCUUCCCUGUUAAGACUCUGCAGUGGGCAGCUAAAUGAUUUAGGCCAUGUGUUAGAAGGGAUGAUAGUCAUUGGGAGCCUACAAUUCUACAGCCUGUUCUUAGGUGCAAGCACCACUUCAGGAACUCAACAUAGGCCACAUCUUUGAAUGAUGACACUGGUGCUGAGCUUUGUUAAGGACGUUUUUAGUUUAAAAGGGCUCGGAGUUUAGUGAAAUGGUUUUUUUGGGGGCCUGGUCUUUGCAGGCCCCAUUAUACCCUUCAUGAAAGCAAAGGAAUUUGUACAUGUCUUCUGUUCCAGGGCUGCAGGGAGUAGGGGCUUUCUCCUUGCUAAAAUAAAGGUAGGACAGUUUGCACAGA